AUGUCAGGCCUCGAGAAGGCUCUCUUCAACCUGAAGUUCACCGCGAAGCAGCUCAACCGGCAAGCAGCGAAAGCCGGCAAAGAUGAGCAGGCCGAGAAGUCGAAGCUCGAAAAGGCCAUGAAACAGAACCACCACGAUAUCGCUCGCAUCUACGCACAGAAUGCCAUACGCAAGCAGAACGAGAAGCUCAACCUCCUACGACUAGGCUCGCGCAUCGAUGCUGUGGCUAGUAGGGUACAGACGGCGGUUACGAUGAGGCAGGUCACACAAAGCAUGGGGAACGUGGUCAAGGGCAUGGACUCUGCUAUGAAGAGCAUGGACCUAGAGAAGAUCUCAGCAAUCAUGGACAAGUUCGAAUCACAGUUCGAGGACCUGGACGUCGCGACAGGCUAUUACGAGAACGCAACAUCGUCGGCUACGGCAGUGGGCACACCACAGGAGGACGUGGACCGUUUAAUGAGCCAGGCGGCUGACAAGGCUGGCGUGGAGCUGAAUCAGGACCUGGAAAGCGCAACACCGGUGAAGACAAAGAUCGGGCCUACGGAGCAGCAAGAAGAGGGUCUCAAUGAGAGGCUUCGAGCUCUGAGGAGCUGA